AAAGAAAAGAAGGUUCAAGUCCCAGGAAGACCUGAGAAGCGUCUCGGCUGUUUCUGUGCGACUCUUUUGCGGCCAACGAAACUCCUUCUCUUCUUCGCUCUCCCGUUUCAACGCCCGUCGUCGUUCAUCGCUCGAGUUAGCCAUCUCAGCUGCACGCCAAGAAAGAAAGUUCGAAAAUGGCAGGUGUUGACCGUUCUGUCGUCGUCACCGCUGCUCUCGGCGUCGCGCUCUGCAUGUACGCCAUACACGUGGAGCACAGUGCCAGCCUCGACGCGUCGUACCGAGCGGUCUGUGAUUUCUCAGCGUCUGCAAGUUGCUCCAAGGUCCUAACGAGCCCACAGAGUCGGCUCCUCAAGUAUUUCGGAGUCGCGGCUCCAGGCAGUCACUUCGACUUCCCCAAUACGUACUUGGGACUGGUCUUCUACGCCUCCAUGCUCACGUUUCCUCUCGGACGCCAUUCAUGUCCUUCCUUCUACACUCUCUCUGCUGCUGCGUCCAUGGCUACUUCCAUCUACCUCGCCUACGUUCUCUACGCAGUCUUGGAGGAUUUUUGUGUAGUUUGUGUCUCGUCCUAUGUGCUGAAUUUAAUUCUAUUCGGCGCAGCACUCUUUUCCCAGGCUGAGAGUCGAAAAGCGACGAGAGUGGGCAGACGCGGACCAGCAGAAAAAAAGGCAAAGAGAACUUGAAAACGGGGCUUCUCUUUCCUUUUUCACCGUGCAACUCGGCGAGGAAGUGCCAAAGCACUCAACGAGUUGGGGAAGAGCGUGGCUUUCGAAUGCCUGGACUCCGACUUGCGACGUCGACACGAGCACAGGCGUGUGAGACCGACGAAGUAGUGCCUCCGACGAAAAAAAAAUCGGUGGCAGUUUUUCCGCGAUAAGCACCCGUCGGCCUGCAUCUGUGAGGAGCGAGAGAGUGUCACUUUUUUAGAACGAGCGUCCUUUUUGUUUCACCCGAGGACAGUCCAAGCCUAGUGAAAUCCAGAGUUUCCGUCGAAGCGGCACGAACCGCUUCGGGUGGAUCUGGGAAGCAAAGGGCAAAAAAGUCGAGUGUUUCCCAGGUUUUUAUGAGUCAAGUGCAAAACAGAAACUUUACAAACGUAUUUGACGGAUAAGUGUGUCAGGAAA